CUUCUUGGCGCGUAUUUGGCGCUACUUGGAGAUUAUCACAAGAAAUAUUCUGAGUUUCAAAAAAUUAAUUAUCUUAAUCAACUUGCUUGUGGAUUUGAGGCGCUACCAAGACGGUUGUCUCGAGUGCCUACGACAGUAUUAACUGCAUGGCUCCCAGUAUUACACCAGCUCUUACUCCAGUCAGUACCAAGGUACUUCAGCUCAAAAUCGGAGCCUGCCAUACGGACCUAA